AGGGCUGGGCAGGAAGUGAGGCGGGGUUAGGGGUGGAAUCUGGUACCUCAAGGCUGCUGCAACCCAGACUAAACCACCCCACGGGGAGAAGAUGCCUGGGAUUCUGGAAGUCCUCCGAACCCUGCCCGCUGCGACUUUCCUCCUCUUUCUGCUGUCCGAAGCCUGCCUGGGCCCUGGAUGCCAGGCCCUGACGGUGGAAGGGGGUCCACCAUCUCUGACAGUGAGCAUGGGUGAUGAGGUCCGCUUCAACUGCGUUCAUGAUGGCAAGACCAGCAACGUUACAUGGUGGCACAUCCUUCAGGGCAACCACACAUGGACCCCUAUGUUCCUGGGUGAUGGUCUGGGCCCCAAGGGUGGCGAGUGGUUCAUCUCCAAAGUGAACAAAAGCCAUGGGGGAUUAUACAGGUGCCAAGUAAACGACGGAACCGUACUUAAACAUUCCUGUGGCACCUACCUCCGAGUGCGUGAGCCACUCCCUAGACCCUUCCUGGACAUGGGGGAAGGCACCAAGAACCGCAUCAUCACAGCUGAGGGAAUCAUCCUGCUGUUCUGUGCAGUGGUACCAGGCACACUGCUGCUAUUCAGGAAGCGUUGGCAGAAUGAGAAGUUUGGGUUAGACAUGCCAGAUGACUAUGAAGAUGAAAAUCUUUAUGAGGGCCUGAACCUCGACGACUGCUCCAUGUAUGAAGACAUCUCCAGGGGACUCCAAGGCACCUACCAAGAUGUGGGCAGCCUCCACAUUGGAGACGUACAGCUGGAGAAGCCAUGAGCAACCCCCAAAGGCCCCCAUCCUGCAUCUCUGCCUGCUGUAUGCCUAACUCCAGCAUCUCUCUUCACCCCCUGGAAUGGUCCCUGUCCUCUUCCUCCGUUUCUCCAGUCUUCUCUCUAGACUGCUCCAGCCCACUCCCCCACCUAAUCCAGCCCUUCUUGUGGUCUGGCCCAGGUUCCCUCUCCAGCAGGUAAUGAGCCCUUAAUCGCUGCCUCUAGGGGAGCUGAUUACAGCCACCUCGUUAGUGUCACCCCCUUCUCCCAGAUCUGUCAUGGCCACUUAAGUGAUAAUAAAUCCUUUC